GGGGGUCUUGUUAUUGAACAAUUCCAACGACCCCUCUAAGGCUGGAUUGAGGUGUGGUUUCAAACGGAAUUUUUUUAGCUGAAUUGAAGGAUUUGGAUCAGUUUAUUACAAUCGGACUACACUGAUUUUACAGAGAUUUGAGCUGGGAGAUGGCAGCUAUACGAAAAAAAUUGGUGAUUGUAGGAGAUGGAGCUUGUGGUAAAACGUGUUUAUUAAUUGUAUUUAGCAAAGACCAGUUUCCAGAAGUUUAUGUACCAACAGUAUUUGAGAACUAUGUUGCAGACAUAGAAGUUGAUGGAAAACAGGUUGAAUUAGCUCUUUGGGAUACAGCGGGGCAGGAAGAUUAUGACAGACUUAGGCCUCUUUCAUAUCCAGACACAGAUGUAAUAUUGAUGUGUUUCUCAAUCGACAGUCCAGAUAGUUUAGAAAAUAUUCCAGAAAAAUGGACGCCAGAAGUCAAACAUUUUUGUCCUAAUGUACCUAUUAUUCUAGUUGGUAAUAAGAAAGACUUAAGAAAUGAUGAAAGCACAAGGAGAGAACUUGCAAAGAUGAAGCAAGAACCAGUCAAAACAGAAGAAGGCCGUGGCAUGGCAGACAAAAUAGGUGCCUUCGGUUAUUUGGAGUGCUCCGCUAAAACCAAAGAAGGCGUCAGAGAAGUAUUUGAAAUGGCCACUAGAGCCGCACUACAAGUAAAAAAGAAGCGCAAAGGCAAAUGUUUGAUAUUAUAAAUCUCGUUGUUUAGUUAAAAAUAGUGUCUCACUCGAGUUUGGCACCUAAACAUGUACUAUAGAGAACACUUGCUGUCUAGCUAGCACAUGUAUAAUUGAGAUGUCGCUCUAGCUGUCAGUUUAUUCUUAUGUAAAAAAUAAAUAAAUCCAAUUUGUGUGU